UUCUUCUCUCUCCCCGGACUCUUUUCUCCCUCUUCUCCUCCUUGCUCUGCUUCUCGUUGUGGUGCAAUUGACCCUCUCACACCCACCUCCAUCCCGAUCGAAGAGGUUUUACCAUCUCGACCUGCACGUAAUGUCGGUCGCUAAUCCAGUCCUGCGCCGCCUCUCCGCCCGCACCCCACGCUCUUUUUCUCUUAACCGGCUCGCUGCCUCCUCUCUUCGACCUUCUUCCUCCGCCAGAUACUUCUCUCCUCGCCAGAUCUCCCAGCCAAAGACCUUCUCCACCAUGUCUGCCCUCCAGUCCGCCGCUCCUGCGCCCGCCGGCCCAAGGGAGUACGACCCAGAGAUCAAGGACAUGGCCAGCUACAUCCACAAGUACAAUGUCAACUCGGAUCUUGCUUUCGAUACUGCCCGAUGGGUCUUCCUUGACACCCUCGGCUGCGGCCUCGAGGCCUUGAGAUUCAAGGAGUGCACAAAGCUCCUGGGCCCAAUUGUGCCUGGCACCGUCGUCCCCAACGGCACCAAGGUCAUUGGAACCCCCUACCAGCUUGAUCCCGUCAACGGCGCCUUCAACAUCGGUGCCAUGGUCCGCUGGCUGGACUACAACGACUGCUGGUUGGCCGCCGAGUGGGGUCACCCGUCCGACAACCUGGGCGGUAUCCUCGCCGUCGCCGACUGGAUCUCCCGCACCAACCGUGCCGGUGGCAACCUGGCCAACGGCAAGGUCCUCAAGGUCCGUGACGUCCUCGAGGCCAUGAUCAAGGCCCACGAGAUCCAGGGUGUCCUCGCCUUGGAGAACUCCUACAACAAGGUCGGAUUGGACCACGUCGUCCUCGUCAAGGUCGCUACCACCGCCGUCGUCGCCAAGCUCAUGGGCUUGACCGAGCAGCAGACCGCCGACGCCAUCACCCAGGCCUGGGUCGACGGCCAGAGCUUGCGCACCUACAGACACUCCCCCAACACCAUGUCCAGGAAGUCCUGGGCCGCCGGUGAUGCCUGCCAGCGUGCAGUCAACCUCGUCCUCAAGGUCCAGAAGGGUGAGGCCGGUGUUCCUACCGUCCUCUCCGCCCCCGUCUGGGGCUUCUACGAUGUCCUCUUCAAGGGCAACAAGUUCAAGUUCCAGCGUCCAUAUGGCAGCUACGUUAUGGAGAACGUCCUCUUCAAGGUCUCCUACCCUGCGGAAUUCCACUCCCAGACCGCCAUCGAGGCCGCGAAGAAGAUCAACGGCACCCUCGCCAGCAUGGGCAAGUCUGCCGAAGACAUCAAGGAAGUCACCAUCAGAACCCACGAGGCCUGCGUCCGCAUCAUCGACAAACAAUUCAAGCCAAUGGACAACUUCGCUGACCGUGACCACUGCAUUCAGUACAUGGUUUCCACCAUGCUCGUCUUCAACCGCCUCGUCGCCACCGACUACACCGACGGAUCCGAGGCCGCCACCUCCCCACUUGUCGAGUCUCUCCGCAAGCGCAUCCGCUGCGUCGAGGACCCCCAGAUGACCAAGGACUACCACGACCCUGCUCUCCGCACCAUCCCCAACGCCCUCACCGUCACCCUGAACGACGGAACCGUCCUCGAGGAGGUCGUCGUCGACGCUCCUCUCGGCCACCGUCUCCGCCGUGAGGAGGCCAAGCCCGAGAUCCUCGCCAAGUACAAGCGCCACCUCGAGGCCCACUACGAUGCCUCCAAGGUCCAGUCGCUCAUCGACUUGGGUCUCAAGCAGAAGGAGCUCGAGAACAUGGAUGUCGACAAGUAUGUUGACCUGUAUGUCAAGGAGAAGGUUGACUUUUAAAUGAAGUAGGUGGGGGAAGGAAUCGGUGAUUGGGAUUAGCAGGAGUUCUUUUUGAAUUGAACAAAAUCACAUCACAAUUGAUAUGUUAGAUCUCGCGCGGACCUGGAGCCCUUUCUUGCUGCGUCCAAAUUGAACUAACUGCCCUUUCGUUCACCGGGUGGUUUCAAAAAAAGCGCUUGGGAUUUGCAAAGGGGGAGCGUUGGGGCAUGAAUGAACUUUUAAUAACAUCUAGCGGAUAUACAUUGAAAAGAAAAGAGACCCAAAAAAAACAAAAAAGAAAAGCAACGCAAAACAGCGUGUGUGAAAUAGUAUAUAGCUAUGUGACUACUAUGUAUAAAUGCAUUUCCGUGAC